GCACCCCGUGCAGUCUUCGUCAACAGCAUCAUCGCCUCGUCCCUCUCCUUUCCCCUUAUCCCAAAUCGUGCCCCAUACCCCACCCAAUCCGCCCCAUUCCUCAUAAAUCGGCCCCGGUCGGUGGCUCGAUCGAAUCCGAUCCGGUUCCAUUCCCUUCCAAUCGCAGUUGCAACUCCAGUUCCAGUUCCAUCCCGAGGCGGCCGAACCCAGCCGGAGAGCCUGAUCGAGCGGGAGUGGCGGGACCGGACUCCAUGGCGGCCCGCGGCGGCGGCAUCGGCGGAGGGGGAUCGGCGGGGAGGGUCGGCGACUGGGACGUCAACCUGGGCGCGCGCUGGGACUGGCGCGCCAUCCCGCAGCUGCUCUCCUCCGCCUGCAUCUUCAUCUGCUCCGGAGGCUGUUUUGGAUGCUGUGAGAAGGCUGUAAAACAUGUCGGUGAGCUUUCAAAGAGCUUAUUGACCCAGGACCUACAUCCCACAGUUGGAGAAGAAUUUUGGAGCACAACUACCAUAGAGGUCGAUCAGGCAGAUCUACGAGGGAUUCCUCCGUUCCACCCAACCUCCUUUCCCCUUGAUCAGCAUGGAGCCGGAAGCAGUCACAACCCUUCUGAAUUUGGUUUUUCUCUUUGGGAACAAAUUAGGGAGGAGUGGACUGAUAAUAGAAAGGAGCAACCUGUGGUGAAGCAGAUCCAUGAACCAGUAUUAAGUUGGAAUGCAGCAUAUGAGAGUUUGCUUGGAUCCAACAAGCCAUUUCCUCAACCUAUCCCUCUACAUGAGAUGGUUGAUUUCCUGGUGGACAUGUGGGAGCAAGAGGGGCUGUACGACUAGCUCGAGCGCGUUCCCGUAAGAAUAACAUAGCUGUAGUCUUUGAUGAGGUAACGAGGGUGUGGCCUGUCAUACUUGUUUUUUUGUGCAUGGAGGCCUGUUGUGCUUGCUGAAUAGUAGUACAAAAUACAAUGCUGUCGUGGUGCUUGUAUUGAUAGAAGGAAUGGUCCAGAUCUAGCCGCUUGGUCGGAUUUGUCAAAGAAAGCGGCAAGAGAGACAGAGAAAGAUGCGUGACGCCAACUUGUUAAAAUGAAUGUGGUCCGUGUUGAUUUGAGAGGAAGAUGGUAGUAGCAUCUAACACUGCUGACAUUGGCUCUUGAUGGUUGAAUUAUGUUUAGCAAGGAGCCGUGUGGAUCUCCGUAACCUGUUUGAAGUGUUGAUACUUCUGCCGCUUCUUUCUGAUACUGAAGUUGACACAAUAAUACUGCACUAUUUGUGCUCCAA